UCAGUACAAAUGCCCAAACCUAAACCGAAGUAAGCGAAGCCCCCAUCAUUGCAAUCAUAUGCCCUCCUUUCCUUCAAUCCUCUGUUAUUGCUCUUCGCUUCACUCUCCUCAGCUUCACUCCCUGACCCUACCUCCACCAGAUGGCUACGUAUCGGGGGUUUCCUUAGCUAUUUUUUAAUUCUCUCAACCGGUGUUUAAUCGCUUCCAUUGUUAGAAUGUGGAACUUUGCGUCAAGUUGUAUUGCUGGGAGUGUGAAACUGAAAAAUGAUUCUCUAAAGCCAACUCAGUCUGCUUCAGAAUGCUCCGAUGAUGAGACUUCUUCUGUUGUGAGCAGAGAGGAAGGGCUUGAAUGCCCGAUAUGCUGGGAAUCUUUUAAUAUUGUUGAAAAUAUACCCUAUGUUUUAUGGUGUGGCCACACCCUUUGUAAAAACUGCAUCCUAGGAUUGCAAUGGGCUGUUGUGAAAUUUCCAACGCUGCCCAUUCAGCUUCCCCUUUUUAUCUCAUGCCCGUGGUGCAACCUUUUAUCUUUCCGUUUGGUUUACCGGGGAAAUCUCAAAUUUCCUCGCAAGAACUACUUCCUUCUUUGGAUGGUUGAGAGCAUGAAUGGCGAUAGAAUGAAGUCUCAUUCAACUUUCUGUGGGGAUCAUCAAUCACUCUGGCCAAUUAAAGACCAUUUAACAGCAGGACAACCAAGCCAUGUGAAUCCUCGGAGGGGACAACUUGUUCGCCAUCUAGAGCCGUCAAGUUCUAAUCAACAUCAAAAUAAUGCUGGGGGUUUUCUCAGUUUGGAAAGACUGCACACUUCUUUUCGGAAGUCCCUGGUUUUCUUUGUACACUUGACUGCUAAGUUCCCGCUGAUCAUUAUACUUCUUCUUAUAAUCUUGUAUGCAAUACCAGCCAGUGCAGCCAUUUUGGCUCUGUAUAUACUUGUUACCAUUCUGUUUGCUCUCCCAUCAUUUCUCAUCCUGUACUUCGCAUAUCCUAGUUUGGAUUGGCUUGUCAGGGAAAUCAUUACAUGAGAUUGCGAAGUGAUAUAUAUAUGCAAUCUUUAUGAAUAGAAGUCUGCCUCUCCUAAUUGCCGUCUUUAUCCUAGAUCUUCUGCUUUGUAAUUAGCCGACUUAUCUUUAUCAGGCUGCUUCAUUUCUCUCUGUAUACAUUUUACAGUCCCACUCAAUUUCAGGUGACCUUCAGAGUUUCUUGGAGCUCUGGUAGAGCUUCACGGGGUAUCGUCUGUCCUGUUUGUAGCGUUAGAAGUAUUGAUGUUAAUUCAAGGCCCUGGAAGGAUCAUGGUGAUGAUUUUUUCCUGGCUGUACGUGUCGUGCUUUAUCAUUUUUUUUUUAUUUAACUGAAGAACACAUCUGGUAUAGUUGUGUAGCAUUGAAAAGCUCCUGCUCUAUGUACCCAUUUGGGACUGUAGUUCCAUUGUUUGAAAUAUAGUUAUAUAGAAUUAAUUGGUGUA